GGAAAAAAUUUGAUGCAUUUCGUCAUUUGUUUCUACCACGCCUGUCAGAAAUUACAAUUCAGUCAAAUCAGCUCACUCUUUCAGGUUAACUUUCACCAACUAGUAACAUUGUUGGCUGAGUUGACUGCUGUUAUUCGAGUCACGAAUUUUUACGAUAAAGAAAAUUGAGCCAAAACAACAAAAUGGCAGCGAAGGUCACGUUCAAGAUCACUUUGACAUCUGAUCCUAAACUUCCGUUCAAAGUAUAAACGAAGAUGAAAGCCGGUACACAAAAAUGAAGGGUCGAAAGGAGACGAAGGCAACGACGUCUUAGAAAUAAAAUUAAGAUGGGGGAGGAAGAAGUCGAGAGAGUGCUCCUUGUGUUUGACAAUUACAUAGCGCACCUGGAGAGUUCUGGCUUUACGGAGAGUACAACGGAUGAAGAGGUGAAUAAAGUAAUGGAAUUGGGUCAUUUUGUGGAAGCUGCGGUAGCCCGAGCGACGGAGGACAACAAAACUGAGUGUCUGGAGAGCCAUUUGCGAGCUCGUUGGUUCAGAGAUAAAAAACGAACAGUAAUUCCAACGAUUUCUCAAUUGAGAUUCGCUUGUGACGGCAUGGUGGAGGUUUAUCUAAAAGAUCCGGAUGUGCCAACUUUGGCAAUGGACAAAAUAUUGCAAUUUUACGGCAAGCACUGUGGUGCGGAGAGACUAAAAAAUCUUCUUGGAAAUUUGCUAGAAAUUUCUAUGUCGACGAAUGUUAUUUUCGAGUCGUUGAUGAAUUUGGGAAUUCCGGAGACUGUCGUAGAGGACGAGACGAUUUUAGGAGCUUGGAAAAACGAAGUGGAAUGUGGCAAAGUCGAUCGAGUCUCCCUGUGUAUUGAGAAAAUGGUGGAUGAGGGUGAACUCGAUAAACUGAUCGAUUAUGCAUCCUCUCUUGAGGACGAGAGUCCAGUUAGAAAUCUAAUAAUGCAACGUUUGUCCACGCUUGCCUCCGAUUACGAGCCAAAUUUAUUCGCCUUUCUUACUAAUCUAGAAACGAAAAUACUCCGUCGACUCUUGACCUAUCCCCAAUUUCAAAUAUAUUUUUUCGAUGCCAUCUUUUAUUUCGGACGUAACAUGCAAUUCCGAGAUAAUUCUUGGCACAGCGAGCACGAGUUCCAUUACGAGGACUUGGUGAGAACGCUUAAAAACCUUUCACGAUCCUCCGACCAAUUGCGAGCCAUCAUUUUCCAACGCCUCGAACACGCCAAAAUUAGCGCUACCACUUCCGUGUGGAAUGACGUCGAGCGAGACACGAUGAGAUAACAGAUUUUAUUUCUUUUUUAUAUUAAUUCUUAAGAAUUUCGACACUUGGCAAUUUGACAAAUAUGUACAAAAACUUUGGCCGUCUGUGAAUGUUUGUGAACAAUUUUUUUUCGAUUAUGAAAACGCUAUCAAGUGUUUCAAGAACGAGGCAUUACUCUAAGAAUAAUCUUCGAUCCUGUAUGGGCAUCAGAAUUUAAUAAUUUUCAUAUAUUCCACGUGAAUUUUUACCAUUAAAUUCUGCACGAAUUAUGUUGUACAAAAAUUCCAUUUAUGUUGAACAAAAUUCAUAAAAACGAGUGAUUUUUCGGAGUGAGCACGACGAUAAAUUCAAAUCGACGUGCUAUUGAUUUUUUCACUGUCUACCCAUUUGUGCUCUAUGGAAUUCGUUAUCAUAAUAAUUCAAAACUGUUGUAUAAAUUUAGAACUAGUCAUUGAAUGAAUUAAAUACAAUUUCCAACUGUUA